AUGCGUGGCCUUACGAUGAUUUAUCUCGCUGCUGUCUUGGCAUGUCUGGUCGGUAGCGCAAAAUCGCUUCACAUGUCCAUUAUCGAGCCAGAAGAAGGCGACAAAAGCGUUCCUUGCACGAACAAUGAAAGCACAUUGAAAGUCCCACUUUCAAGUCUUCCCCGAGACAAACAUACGAGUGGAUAUCGUCGUUGGCCAAAGGAGAAGCUUGGUUGGAAUUUCCAUCAACGCACCUCCUCGCAAAGGAACCUUGCUAGGCACGGAGACGCCGCAUGCGCCGAUUAUGACGAAUCUGCUACUGAUGAGACGCCUUUGUCUCUUGUGGAGCCUCAGCAAACCACAUUUUUCAAGUUUCCCAUUGCCAAGGAGCAAGGCAAACACAACACAACAUUCGGUCCCCCCAAGACGUCCGCUCAGAUGAUGAACGAAUCGCAAAUGCAACAGCUCAGCCCGGGAACGAGAGUUGCCGUAUUUUGGAAGUCGUACAAUCGAUACUACGAAGCUAAAGUUCUCAAAGUAGACCAAUAUCUCAAGACUCGAUUCUUGGUUCGAUACAUCGAAGAUAAGUACGAGGAAUGGGUCGAUGCACUACGAGAUGACUUCAAGGUCAUCGGAGAUGACGAGAACACGAAAUGGACGCAGCUUUCUAUGCAAGAGUUGCUGCUGCAGACCACCCAACCCUAA